UUUCACAGUUUUGAAGUUAAGUUUACAAAAGUUCUCUUGCUCGCUUCCCUUCUCGGUCAAUCCCUCGGCCUUCCGUCAUUCUCGCUCGCCAGUUCCUCCGUGAAGAUGCCUCGGAGAGAUGACCCCAACCCCUUCGACGAAGAGAACGUCAAUCCCUUCUCAAAUGCUGCUGCACCACCAGCAAAAUCACGGCUUUCCCCUUUGUCUUCGGAGCCUUUUGGUUUCGGUCGCAAUCAUGAUGCAACUGUCGACAUACCUUUGGAUACUACCAAUGACUCUAAGAAGAAAAAAGAACUUGCAGCCUGGGAAGCAGAACUAAAAAGGAAGGAACAGGAAAUCAAAAGGAGAGAGGAGGCUCUGUCAAGGGCUGGGGUUCCUAGAAAUGAUAAGAAUUGGCCUCCAUUUUUCCCCAUAAUUCAUCAUGACAUAGCAAAUGAAAUACCUGCACAUGCUCAGAGGCUGCAAUAUGUGGCAUUUGCAAGUUGGCUAGGAAUAGUUCUUUGUCUUUCAUAUAAUGUUCUUGCAGUGACAGUUGCUUGGAUCAAAGGAGAAGGAGUCAAAAUCUGGUUUCUCGCAAUUAUUUAUGCUUUGCUUGGGUACCCCCUUUCAUAUGUGUUGUGGUAUAGGCCUCUGUAUCGUGGCGUGAGGACUGACAGUGCCCUGAAUUUUGGCUGGUUUUUCAUGUGGUAUUUGGUGCAUAUUGGGUUUUGUAUCGUAGCUGCUAUUGCCCCUCCAAUUGUCUUCCACGGGAAAUCCUUCACUGGGAUUCUGUCGGCUGUCGACCUGUUCUCAUCAAGUGUACUUCUGGGGAUCUUUUACUUGGUUGGGUUUGGCUUAUUUUGUCUGGAAGUUCUUCUUAGCUUAUGGGUUAUCCAGAAAGUUUACAUGUACUUCAGGGGAUCCAAAAACUGAGGGCGUGCUUAGGAUAUGCUGAGUGACGGGUUAUCAACCUAUCGUCCAUCGGAGUGUUUUCCUGUGCAUUGGUUGUAUAUAUAGUUGCUUUUUCACAACCAGUUAGAGAGCUGCUUUUUUCCUUUUUUUUUGGUGGGUCUUCUUUCUUUCCUUCUUAUUUGUGUAUGCUUUUGAUUUGCUUGUAGAGAUUAUUCUUUUGUUA